AUGUUAGACAAACUCCCCAUUGAGCUUGUUUAUGUCAUUUUCUCCAAUAUCAAAGGUAGACUUGACUUCAAGAGUCUGUCUGAAGUAUCACGGCAGUUUAACAAGCUGGCAAACCCGUUUCUAUACACGAAUAUCAUCAUUUCAACCCCCAGGAAAGAUAAUGGAAUAAUAAAGGCUCAUCAGAGGGCUGGUGUACUCCUGCAUACCAGGGACAUCCAGGUCUGGAGCGAAAAACGUGAUAAUUUGUUGACUAUGCUCCCCAACUCCUGUAGCCACCUCGACUAUGAACCUACGACCAUUGAUGAUGAACGGAAGAACUAUGCGGUUAAUAUUGAUGCCCCAGGUGACGAAGAAGGUUAUGAGGAUCUCAGCAUUGCCGAGAUGGCGGAUAAGGAACGGUGGAUAGAUUCUGAGGGCGAAGCCAAAUUUUACGCUAUCCCAGGCUUCACUGGAUACAGGCGUAGAGUCUUGUCCAUUUUGAUUAGAUGCAGGGAGGGGUCACUAAGGAGCUUUGGCUGGUAUCGAAAAGACUGCAUCCCUCCCGAAGUCAUGGGACGAGAUGGAUAUCUACCGACAAGGCAGAAGUUUAUUGAGUCGCUUCAUAUAGAUGUUGCUUCAUUUUGUACACUUCAGGCACAUGAACCCCAGUUGUUCACCCGUCUGAAAAGCCUAACAUGGAAUGAUCUAGGGCCUGUCAAUAACCCAUGUGAUAAGGAACUAAAGAUGCUGCGGCGCUGCUUAGAGGCCAACAGCCACCAGCUAGUUCAUCUUGGACUAGAAGUUUCGCACUGGGAGUACAUAUACUAUGAUCCUAAUAAUGAUUAUGCAACUAUUUCAGGGGAGAUUGUAAAGGCAGGUCCGGACGGCAAAAGAUUCCAGUUCCCGGUUCUACAGCAUCUCUCUCUGGAAGGAUUCAAUUUCGGCCAUGACGUUGACUUGCUGGGGAGCCUGGAUCCUGAGGUGCUAAAUACCCUAACUAUCAGAGUCUGUCCUUCCUGGCCGAGAUUUCUAGACCAAAUAAACGCUGCGAGACCCUCGUUUCACUUGCGGACUGUGGAGAUACAAUCGUGGACGGACUGGGGGGACCAAAGUACAGAGAGCAUGGACCUUGUACGAUUUCUCGACGGAUGUGAGCCCCUCGAGAAUUUUUAUGUGUCUAUGAGGGAAUCGGCGGUUACCCUGGAGGUCUGGCAGUCACUCCUUAGACACCGACCCACUCUCAAAUCGUUUACCUACUACUCUACCAUGGGUGAACCGAGUAACAUUAUGGACACAAAUCCGUAUGGUCUGGCCAAUCUUCUAUACGAAGAACCCUACUACCGCGGGGCGGGCCCCGAGUGGAAUCCUCUUGGGAAACUGGACCUGGAGUUGCUUGGAAUUAACUACAACGCCGAAUACUUGAUGCCAGUAUUGUCGCCGCUCACGACUAUGGCCCGCCUUGAAGUCUUGAUCAUACGAUGCAGUUGGUUCGUCCGACAUUAUUUUCAGUGCCCAGAAGACCCAGAAACACCAUCGGUCGUCGAUUGUCCUGGGCUUAAUAAUGAACCAGAAGAAAAUGAAAUGACCUUUGACGCAUUUGCUCAAUGGGCGUUUGGGCCCGACGGAUUUCGAUCACUGCAACUGAUUGCACUCGGCGACUUUUCGAGUAGCCACUUUUCCAGUGGCCAGAGUGAAGCAAAAUAUGAAAAGCUGUUGAUCUGCCCCAAGACUGAGCCGGAGUCUGAGCCUCCAUUUCCUGGCAAGAACCAUCGGGUCGUCACUAGGCAUGAUCGGAUCCAACAGGACCUACUCCGCAAGCACGCUCAUGCGCUGCAAGCCUGCCCUUCCUUCAAUAUGCACGAUAUAUAG